AUGUCGGGGCACUGGUCACAUGACUAUCUAGCAGGAGGAUUGGGAGGCGCAGCAGGUCUGUUGGUUGGCCACCCGUUUGAUACCGUAAAGGUCCAGCUUCAGACUAGGACGACCGACCAGCGUUACCGUGGGACGAUUGACGCUGUAUCUGGAAUUAACCAGACCGGUUGGGUUCGAGGUUUUUUUCGAGGACUGUCAUGGCCUUUGUUUACCUUCGGUAUAGUUAACAGCAUACUUCUUCGUGUCUAUGGAAACACCAUGAAGAUUUUAGAAAAGAACGAUCCAGAAGACCGGAAGAAGCAUUAUAUGAAUGUGUACUUCGCCGGAUGUACCGGCGGAGCAGCGUUCCAAGUGGUGGCAAUACCAUUUGAUUACAUAAAAGUAGUUCUUCAAUCUCAAAUUCAGCGCAACAAUGGAGGCUCAGUGGAGAUUCAAAAUCGGGUGCGGUAUUUUCGUGGACCUGUAGAGUGCACGGUCCACACCUACCGUACACUAGGUCUGUCAGGUCUGUAUAAGGGUGGAACUGUGAUGGCAGUAAGAGACAUUCCGACUUGUGGCCUGUAUAUGCUCACAUAUUCCUACAUCGGCGACCUUCUCAGGCGAAAACGGUGGACAGAUAGUCGAGGUGUCAUAGCUGAACUCAUUUCCGGAGGAUGUGCCGGCAGUUUGGCUUGGUUUGCGACCAUGCCAUUUGAUGUUAUUAAGAGUCGGUACCAGGCAGACUUUGAUGGUGUUUAUAAGCGACCUUUAGAUUGUGCCAUAGCUAGUUAUAAAGAAGAGGGUUUCCGAGUGUUUUAUAGAGGAACUGUUGUUACUUGUUUACGCGCUUUCCCGUCAUGCGCAGUAGCAAUGCUGGUUUAUUCAUAUGUUUUAGAUGUAUUAAAGAAAACAUGA